GGCCCCGCUUCCCGCCUCCCGCCAAUGACGGCCGGGGCCGUCACCGCGCUGCGUCACGGGGCGGCCGCCAAGAUGGCGAAGGUGUCGGAGAUGUACGACGUGACUUGGGAAGAUAUGCGUGAUAAAAUGAGGAAAUGGAGAGAAGAAAACUACCGAAACAGUGAACAGAUAGUGGAUGUUGGAGAAGAGUUAAUUAACGAAUAUGCAUCCAAACUUGGAGAUGACAUUUGGAUAAUUUAUGAACAGGUGAUGAUUGCUGCCCUGGACUGCAGUCGAGAUGAUUUGGCAUUGUUUUGUCUUCAGGAGCUGAGGCGGCAGUUUCCUGGGAGCCACAGAGUUAAACGAUUAACUGGAAUGCGAUUUGAAGCUAUGGAAAGGUAUGAUGAUGCUAUCCAGUUAUAUGACAGAAUUUUACAAGAAGAUUCAACUAAUACAGCAGCAAGAAAGCGUAAGAUUGCCAUUCGAAAAGCCCAGGGGAAAAAUCUCGAGGCCAUCCGAGAGCUGAAUGAGUAUCUGGAACAAUUUGUUGGUGACCAAGAAGCUUGGCAUGAACUUGCAGAACUUUACAUCAAUGAACAUGACUAUGCAAAGGCAGCCUUCUGCUUAGAGGAGCUUAUGAUGACUAAUCCACACAACCACUUAUAUUGUCAACAAUAUGCUGAAGUUAAAUACACUCAGGGGGGGCUAGAAAACCUUGAGCUGUCAAGAAAGUAUUUUGCACAAGCACUGAAACUUAACAACAGAAAUAUGAGAGCUCUGUUUGGACUUUACAUGUCUGCCAGUCAUAUUGCUUCCAAUCCAAAGGCGAGUGCAAAAAUGAAAAAAGAUAAUAUGAAAUAUGCCAGCUGGGCAGCAAACCAAAUAAACAGAGCAUACCAGUUUGCAGGUCGCAGUAAGAAAGAAACUAAAUACUCUUUGAAGGCAGUGGAAGACAUGUUGGAGACCCUGCAAAUCACUCAGUCUUAGCUUGGCACAGAGAUCUAAUAUGAAAUUUUCCAAUACCACACUCAACCUGUAAUGACCUGUGGGUUAUGUUACUCUAGUGCUGUUAAAAGUUAAUUUUGUAUUGAUUAUGUGCUAUAUAAAAUAACAUUUUAUGAAAAGUAAAAUGCCUAUUUAUUGCUGCUAUAAGAAAUGUGAUGAAUACCCACUGAAAUUAAUAACUUAUCCACAUAAACAACAUAAAGAAAUGAAGUGCUGCACAUCAGUCUCCUCAGAUUUUUGUAUGUACAGUACCUGCUUCUAAGCCAUAAUUUGUAGAAAUAAACUUGUUAAAUGAUUAAAAAAA